GGCCAUCUUAUAGGGUGGGGAGGUUGUCAUUCACCUUUCUCCAAUUUCGUUGAUUAAAUUAUGUUUCAUGCGCAUGGUUUUUCUUUUGUUUUUAUUGCCAAAGGGCACGCACAAAGUCAUAUAUGAACAAAUUAAAGCAUCCAAAAACCCAAAUUUCUCUCAAAAAUAAGUUUUAUUUUUUGAUUGACAACAAACGCUUCAAAGGACGCGAGUUCUGUCUCCAAAGUUCUGAUUUUGAUUGACGGCCGGGGCCCAUCAAUUUGCAGAGAUCUCCGUUAAAUCCCCACAUCAAAAUUCAAACCAAAAACUGGCUUUGAUUCUCUCUCUCUCUCUGUGCAAUUAACCCAACAAGAAGAAACCAAGAUAAACCAUGUCAUGGGGGCUUGGGUGGAAGAGGCCCUCUGAGACAUUCCACCUAACACUUGGUUAUGGGCAUUCCCCUGAUGAUGAAGAAGAGGAAGAAGAAGGCCCAGAAUUCUCAACAAAGAUUGAUCUUGAAUGGAAUGCAGGUGAUGAAGAGGAUCAGGUGGCUUUAAGGCUCCAAUCUAAGUUAAUGGUGGCCUUGCCUCUACCUCAAGACUCUGUUUCUCUUCAAUUACUACAUCAGAGUGGAGAUGGAGAGGAAGAGAGAGUGAGUGUGGAGAUGAAGGUUUUGCAGAGGAGAGAGCCUCUGAGAGUGGUUCAGAUGUCUAAGACACUAGGUUCAGGGCAACAGAGUGAUGGGGUUGGAGUUUUAACGAGACUGGUCCGGUCUAAUUUGCCUCAGGCCGAAGGAUCGCUUUUGUUGGAUCAGCAUUGGUUGACUGUUACUGAGCUUAAUCUCCGUGCAUGUGGAUUAACGGUUCUACCUGUUGAACUAACCCGAUUGUCACUCCUGAAGAGGCUUUAUCUUGACAACAACAAAUUGUCACUCUUGCCACCAGAACUAGGUGUAUUGAAACGUUUGAAAGUUCUCACAGUUGAUCACAACAUGCUGGUUUCCAUGCCAGUUGAGCUCAGGCAGUGUGUGGCCCUUGUGGAAUUAUCUCUGGAGUACAACAGGCUGGUUCGCCCUCUUCUGGAUUUCAGGGCUAUGGCUGAACUAAGAGUUCUUCGACUGUUUGGAAAUCCUCUUGAAUUUCUCCCUGAAAUUUUACCUUUGCACAAUCUCCGCCAUCUCUCACUAGCAAAUAUCAGAAUUGAAGCUGACCAGGACUUGAAAUCAGUCGAUGUUCGGAUAGAGAUGGAGAACAGCUCAUACUUUGUUGCAUCUAGACACAAAUUAAGCGCUUUCUUCUCCCUUAUAUUUCGGUUCUCGUCAUGCCAGCACCCUUUGCUGGCAUCUGCACUCGCCAAAAUGAUGCAAGAUGAGGCAAACCGUGCUACUGUUGGUAAAGAUGAAAAUGCUGUGCGGCAGCUUAUAAGUAUGAUAAGCAGUGAUGACCGUCAUGUGGUGAAACAGGCAUGCUCUGCUCUUUCAUCUCUGGCUGGGGAUGUUUCUUUGGCUAUGCAACUGAUGAAAUCUGACAUCAUGCAACCCAUUGUUUCAGUUCUGAAAUCCUUUGUUCCUGAAGAACUGAUUUCUGUAUUGCAAGUUGUUGCGACCUUAGCUUUCGCCUCGGAUACAGUAGCUCAGAAAAUGCUAAGCAAAGAUGUAUUAAAAUCUCUCAAAGCCUUGUGUGCCCACAAAAGUGCUGAGGUACAAAGGCUUGCCCUUUUAGCAGUUGGUAAUUUAUCAUUUUGUUUGGAGAAUCGACGCACAUUAGUCACUUCAGAGAGUUUACACGAACUCCUCCUUCGCCUAACUCAUGCGACUGAGUCGCGUGUGAAUAGAGCUGCUGCACGUGCUUUGGCUAUUCUUGGAGAAAAUGAGAAUCUCAGAAGGGCAAUAAAGGGUAGACAAGUUGGAAAGCAAGGAUUACGCAUAUUGGCAAUGGAUGGAGGUGGUAUGAAGGGUUUGGCCACUGUGCAAAUGCUCAAGCAAAUUGAACAAGGCACGGGGAAGCGAAUCCAUGAAAUGUUUGACCUCAUAUGUGGCACUUCGACCGGUGGCAUGCUUGCUGUUGCUCUUGGAAUCAAACAAAUGACCUUGGAUCAGUGUGAAGAAGUAUACAAGAAGCUUGGGAAGCUGGUCUUUGCUGAGCCAACCCCAAAAGAUAACGAAGCUGCUACUUGGAGAGAGAAGUUGGACCAAUUAUAUAAAAGUUCUUCUCAAAGUUUUAGAGUAGUUGUACAUGGAUCAAAGCACAGUGCAGACCAGUUUGAGACGUUGCUGAAAGAAUUGUGUGCUGAUGAAGAUGGAGACCUCUUAAUAGAAUCAGCAGUGAAAAAGGUACCCAAAGUCUUUGUGGUCUCAACACUGGUCAGCGUCAUGCCUGCACAGCCUUUCUUGUUCCGUAAUUAUCAGUAUCCUGCUGGAACUCCAGAGGUGACCGUUGGGGCAUCAGAAAGUCCAGCUAUAGGUGGGAUUGGCACGCCCAUUAUAAAUGGUCAAUCACAGGGUCAAACUGGGCCUAAACGCUGUGCUUUUAUGGGAAGUUGUAAGCAUCACAUGUGGCAGGCUAUACGAGCAUCAUCUGCUGCUCCGUACUAUCUUGACGAUUUCUCUGAUGAUAUAUAUCGUUGGCAGGAUGGCGCAAUUGUGGCAAAUAACCCCACUAUAAUAGCUAUAAGAGAAGCACAACUUUUAUGGCCUGAUACAAGAAUUGACUGUCUUGUUUCCAUUGGGUGUGGAAGUGUUCCUACCAAGGCUCGAGGAAAGGGUGGCUGGCGUUAUUUAGAUACAGGUCAGGUGUUGAUUGAGAGUGCAUGCUCUGUGGAGAGAGUGGAAGAAGCAUUAGACACAUUGCUGCCGGUGCUUCCUGAUAUACAGUAUUUCCGGUUCAAUCCAAUUGAUGAGAGGUGCGACAUGGAACUGGAUGAGACUGAUCCUGCAGAGUGGCUUAAAUUGGAAGCUGCAACUGAGGAGUAUAUAAUGAACAGUAGUCAGGCAUUUAAGAAUGUCUUUGAUCGCCUUGUUCUUGAUGAAGAAAAGUGGUCAGAGAAGUUCAGAUCACUUAAUUUUUCAAACUCAAAGCCUAGCAAUACAGGGCAUGAUGAAAGUGGCCCAUGCUUAGGUUGGAGGCGCAUGGUGCUCUUGGUAGAAUGCAGUCAUGGACCAGAUACAGGGAAAUCUAUUUCUCAUGUUCGAUCGCUUGAGACAUUCUGUUCUCGUAAUGGAAUAAGGCUGACUCAGAUGAAGCGAAUGUUGGAUUUCUCGAAGCCUGGAACAGCAGUUCCGACACCCUUCACAUCACCAUUGUUUAAUGGAAGUUUCCCAUCAACCCCACUCAUGUUCAGCCCUGAAAAUAAUCAGCAGAGAGCAAAUCGUAUUGAUCUUGUGCCACCUCUGAGCCUGGAUGGUUCUCUAGCAAAGACAACUGUUUCUCCACCUCAAUCACCACAUUCAGGACCUAGACAACUCUCCCUGCCCGUUCAAUCAUUGCAUGAGAAACUACAAAAUCUGCCUCAAGUUGGGGUUGUCCACUUGGCCCUUCAAAAUGAUUUAAUGGGUUCUAUUUUAAGUUGGCAAAAUGAUGUUUUUGUGGUAGCUGAACCUGGAGAGCUUGCUGAUAGAUUUCUACAGAGUGUUAAGUUGAGUUUAUCCUCUAUGACAAGAUCUAGAAACAGGAAAUAUGCUUCUGCGAUCACAAAGAUUUCUACUGUGUCUGAUUUAGUAGCUCACAGUCCUUAUUUUCAAGUGGGAAAUAUACUCCACCGGUAUAUGGGGCGUCAGACACAAGUCAUAGAGGACGACCAAGAAAUUUCAGCUUACAUGUUUCGGACGACAGUCCCUGCUAUACAUUUGACUCCUGAUGAUGUUCGUUGGAUGGUUGGUGCAUGGAGAGACAGAAUCAUAAUAUGCACUGGAAAGUAUGGACCAAUGCCAAGCAUGGUGAAGGCUUUUCUUGAUUCAGGAGCAAAAGCCAUCAUUGCAUCAUCAAUAGAGCCACCAGAAUCCCAAGCUUGCAGUCGAAUAGGGCCCAACGAUAAUUAUACUGGUUUAGAGAAUGGUCGUUUUGUAAUAGGAGAGGAGGAUGCUGAGGAUGAAGAGCCAACAGUUCCAGUAAGUCCAGUGAGUGACUGGGAAGAUAGUGAUCUAGAGAGAAGUGAAGGUCCCAUGAGUGGGAGAGAUGAGGAAGAGGAGGAAUUGUCUCGGUUUAUUUGUGCUUUUUAUGAUGCUUUGUUCCGAGAAGGGACAAAAGUGGAUGAGGCGCUGCACCAUGCUCUAAGGACACAUCCGAGGCAAAGGUACAAAUGCCAUCUUCCUAGCAUACGUUGAUUAUUGCUGUGUGUGUGUUUGUGCAUGAGAAAGAGAGAGAGAGAGAGGUUUAAUCAUUGGAAAAUAGUGCAAUUUAUGUAGUAUGCGGAAAAAAUAAGUUCAGGAAUCUAGUAAAUGCCUUUGAAAAUUUUGUCUUUUUUUGUUUUUUAUUUUAUUUAUAACAAAAUCCUCAUUUGGGUCCCUGAGUUAUGGUUCAUUCUUAUAUUCACUCGCCCCAUGCAUAAGCAUGUUUUGUGGGAAGGACUGAUACCACACGAUAAUGAGAUACAAGUUGUCUACCA